ACCCAGAGGUGGAGAGAAUGAGCCAGAAAGAGGGUCUGAGGGCCAACUCCUUUCAGUUCACCCUAGAGGUAGAGCCCUUUCACAUCCUGGGGGUCUCUAUCCACUACUUCCGCGUCCCCAGAGCCUACUGGGAGGACCGGCUGCUGAAGAUGAGGGCCUGUGGGGUCAACACUCUCACCACCCUAGCAGCAGAGUUGGGGCUCUGGUUUAUUCUGCGGGCAGGACCCUACAUCUGUGCUGAGUGGGACUUAGGAGGGAUGCCCAGGUUAGAUGUUCCCAGAUUUGAACAUUUUAGCCCAGACAUGAAGUUGAGAACAACCUACCGAGGUUUCACAGAAGCAGUUGACUCCUUUGAUCAACUCAUUCCAAGAGUUGCACCAUAUCAGUACUCCAAGGGGGGCCCAAUUAUAGCAGUUCAAGUGGAGAACGAGUAUGCAAAAGAUGUUGAAUACAUGCCAUACAUAAAAGAGACACUAUUGUCCAGUGGGAUCGAGGAGCUGCUCCUGACCUCAGAUAACCAGGAUGGGCUGAAGCACGGGGGAGUGAAUAGAGCCCCAGAAGUUCAAGAUGGUGAUGGAGUAUUGGUCUGUGUGGUUUGACCUCUGGGGUGACCUUCACCAUGUUUUUGCUGCUGAGGCCCUUGAAGUCAGAAACCAGUCAACAUGGAGAACUCCUAUGACUACACUUUAUAUGAGACCACCAUCAGCAGUGGAGACCUUCUGAACUCCAGGAACAAUGUUCGAGUCAGAGCCCUGGUGUUUGUGGACUAACUAUUUGUUGGAGUUCUGGACUAUAAGAUGCUGGAGUUUGCACUGCCUGAUGGGAAGGUGUAGUGAUAGUGUGUUUCGGGCAAAAGGUAGCCUAGCGGUUAUAGUAUUGGGCCAGUAACCGAAAGGUCGCUGGCUUUGAAUACCUGAGCUGACAAGGUGAAAAAUCUGACGUGCCCUUGAGCAAGGCAAUUAUCCCUAAUUUGCUCAAGGGGCACCGUACUACUAUGGCUGUCUCUGUAAAACAACACAUUUUCCUGCAGCUAUCCGGUUUAUGUGACAAUAACACGUUAUUUUAUUCUAUUCAGUCUAUAGGUGUGCUGCUGAGCUGCUUUCUAAACUGGCUAGUUUAUAUUCAACACCACAUGAUAGAGGGGAAAGCUUCUGGUGAUGCUGAUAAAUGCAGUAGUCACUAAGGUGCCAGGAUUAAGCCAACAGAAAGUUUUCAGACAAAUGUUGUUCUAACAAAGAGGAAUCGCAAUCACUAACUUUGCACCUGCCUGUUAUUGGAAAACAAGUCCACGCUGCUUACCCUAUCGCACAGAAGCAGAUUGGACUUGAUCAAUUAUUAUCUUCAGUUCAACUGAAAGCCACGUUUCCUCUAUUGUCUCUAGUUAGUCUACUUUGCAUUGUGGACUGUAGAUAGUACGUCCAAUUGUUUCCACAUCUUUUAUGUACUUUCCAUUGAAGGGGGAGAGGACAUUGAGUUUACUUUUGGAGAACUCUGGGAGAGCGAACUGUGGUCAACUCCUAGAUGAACAGCGUAAAGGUAAUUCAAUAGUUUUACCUACUGUUUCUGGGUCAGUGAUAGCCUUGUGGUUGUAUAACUAGACACAUAUAUUGGUAAAUCCUUUCAGAAUUGGUGCUCAAAAGCAACUAAUUAACCACAAUGUAGAAAAUCAAAGACCGCCUUAUUUCAGCCUUGGCUUAUUUUUCAGGUCUUAUCGGAGACAUUGAGUUGACCAAUACCCCGCUACGAGACUUUAUCAUUCAUAGUCUAGAUAUGAAGCCUGGCUUUGUAAAUAGGUUUGUACUGAUCAUGAACAUCUUUCAAUUUCCGUCCCCAUGUUUAUUUGUUCUGAGUCUGUCAUUGCUCCUGCCUAGCUCGGAUUCUGUUGAUUAUCUUCUUGGUUCUCGCUGAGCAUAGAAAUACAAUGCCAGAUUGCAGAAAUAACAGAUUUUUCAUGUGGUUUCCCACUACCAUGUUAAAAACCCAUUAUAAUCAGCUGAGAAAUUAGCGCUGUCUUGAAAAUGCUUGCCCACUAAGAACAACACUACAUCUAAAGAUCAGAAGUGGAAUAAAAACAUUUAUUUUUCCACGACUGAAGUCAUGCCAUUCUACACUCUCACAAAUGAUCUCGUUACAUUAAUAAAUAUGAUGAGGAAUCAUAUUAGUCAGUGAUUUCCGGUGUUAUAAUAGGGUGAUCUCCUCCCACGUUUCAGACUGAGUGCAGCAAGCCAGGGUUCUUCCAGGGCAUGCUGUAUGUGGACGGCCAUCCCAGAGACACCUUCAUCAGACUGCCUGUGUGUAAAGCAGCCCAACAGGGUCUGUGCUUAUGAAAGAGAGUCCCACCUGUCCAUACUUUUUAUUGAUGUGUAGUAUAGUAGGACUAUCUGGUUUAUUGAUAGCUAGUGUAGUAGGCAUAUCACACAUCAGACCAACAUAGUGAUGAAAGAAGGUCCUAGAGAAACCCUAAACUCUGACAUGCUGACCAGACCGCUCACGCACGUGCUAAUUUUGUCCACCCACACGCAGGUUGAAAUAUCAAAACAAACUCUGAACCAACUAUAUUCAUUUUGGGACAGGUUGAAAAGCAUUCAACAUUGGCAAUUUAGCUGGCUGUUUUGCUGUUGCUAGCUAAUUUAUACCCUGGUAUAUAAACAUUGGGAUGUUAUUUUACCUGAAAUGCACAGGGUCCUCUACUCCGACAAUUAUUCCACAGAUACAAGGGUAAACCGAGUUCGUUGCUAGUAAUCUCUCCUCCUUCAGGCUUCUUCUUCUUCUGUAGACUUUAUAUGGCGUUUGACAAACAAUUUUAAGGUGCAUUACCAGAACCAGCUGGAUUAGAAUGUGGACCUCAGUUAACCUUUCAAUCAUGCUCUAAAAACCAAUGAGGAGAUGGCACGUGGGUAUAUGCUCCUAAAAUCCAAUGAGGAGAUGGGAGUGGCGGGACUUGCAGUUCAUCAAGCGUUACAAAUAGAACCAAGUUCUAUUUUAGUCACUGAUUAGUGAAUUCCAUUCAUAGGGCUGGAGUAAAGGAGUGGUCUUAAUCAACAGGCAGAAUCUUUGACGCCACUGGUCCAUCGGUCCCCAGAAAACCCUCUACCUCCCUGGACCUUGGCUUAACUGAGGAAAUAAUCAGAUGUUGAUGCCGUAACUGUUACUGCCUUUCUGCCUAACUAGUUCCCUGGAAAAACACCCUACACAGGAGUUCACUCAGAUGCCUCCUGUUAGGAACAUCACAGGUCAAUAGUUUUGAUGUACAGUUGCAGUGGGUUUGAUGAUAUUGAACUUGGCAGUGCUUUGUGGGAAUAGUCCUCAGGCGACUUCUCUUCCCUCUGAACAUGUUGGUUCCACGCCUCGGCUGUAUUGACCUCUGCUGUGAUUCAAAGACUUUUGUUGAUCUCAGGUCAUUGUGUUUGAGGAGCAAGAAGCGGAUGGUAAAAUCUAAUUAGCCAGAAAGCCUGACCUUGGAAUGACUGUUGACGUAUAGUGAGGAUGGCCUACUGGUAUGGUUAGGAGUUCCAUCCUCUCACAUUUUCACACUCUGCCUGCCAUCAGGGACCUAGCUAGAUAGCUACUCAGAAUCGAUGCACAUCACUGCACAUGGCAUUUAUUUCCUGUCGGGAAUCCCCACCCUCUGAAUGAUCCAGACUAAUAAAGCAUCAUACUAGAGCUUGAAAAUGUAACUGUGCCUUCAUUAUAUAUGAUGGGCCACUGCAGUAUCUGUACUGCAAUAUCUGUUUUGUACUUGUUGUUUGUGCAUUACCAUUCCAUAUGUGUAUUGUGAGAAUUGUGUCAGAGAUACUAAUUUAGAGAUUUCAGGUAUUUUAAUGUUUAGGUGUUUGUCCAGAUUCAAGGACACAUCUACUUGAUAUUGUAUUUCUUUGACUGGACAAUUAAAACAAAUACACAGAUUGUUCUUUUGAGAUUAACCAGUGACGUGUGAUGGUGAAUUAAACUGAACCAUCAGUGCAGUGGAUACUCUCAAAUACAAAGACAUUUGUCAAGUACUUCACUUUUCAGUUGUUUAUUUUUCUUGAUAAAUGCCAUAUGGUAUCUCUGAGAUGGAGUCUUGAGGAGAAAUGAACAACCUUUAGAGUUACAUGCAGAAGAAGUGAUUCACACAAGGAUGGAAGAUGACUGUGGAUCAAAGUAGGUAAAGGAAGGGGAGGAAAUAGUGAUUUGCCCUAAGAAAACAUUUAGGGCCUAGUAUGAGCCAUCACCUUUGUUACAUUAUGUAUGUACCACUACAAAGCUAAACACUGGAUAAGGCUGUUCCAUUACAUUAAAGCCGUUUCUGAUGGUCAGAACAGUAUCGCUCGUUGAUCGAACUGUGAGAGUGUGAGAAAGCCAGAAAUGGAAGGAGAAGUUUGAGUUUUGUACCGUCAGAGUACUACAGCUAACUUAUGAUUAUUUAUGUGAUUACAACAGUGUAGGCGCAAGCUCCAUUAAAUAUCCAAGAGUUGAAAUUGCACUUUCAUUAUGUAUAACUCAUGUCUUAGUGUUUUCUGGGUUCAUCUCUGCUGGGCUCUCUAGACAGGCCCAAACGUUUUUCCUAAAAUCACAUGAACAUGAAUGAACACAAUCAAUUCUAAGAAAGUUAAUUGAAAAUGAAGGCUAUUGAUGGCAAUUGAAGUCAGAGCAAUACAGAAUUAAUGGUAAAUAAUGAAAUGUUGUGUCUCAGUUGUUUGGUGUUGCCCACGAGCUUGUCUGUGUGUGGUUUCUGAACCUCAGUGGCUGGGAGGCAGCGAUGAGAAAAGAGGGUGGGGGCAAACAUGGACAAAGAAAUGUUCAAUUAUAAUUCAAUUUGACAAGAGGACAUUCAUACUUCAAAUAAAUACAUAAAUAAAUAUAUUAAUUUCGAUUUUCACAUAAAUAGACAGACUUCACUUGACAUUUUGGAGAAUGGAAACCGAUCAGAAGACAUUGAUUAUUUCCUAAUGAUCUUCAUGGUACUGCUGUGCAAUCCAAAGCCUAAAGAUGAGGUCAACAUGAACGUUAACAGCCACACACAUUGUUUGAUCUCAAAACAUUCGGUUUGACUUCCUCAAUGAAACAAUACUAUUGAAUAGAAAUAAUCAGAAAUUCCAUGUUGGUAUGUCCACUUGACCUGAUGGGGGAGCAUAUUUUUGUGGGGAGCCAUAUCUGAUUGGGGAACAGUACCUGAUGGGAAAAGCGUAUCUGAUCUCAUACUACUUUGGAUAAGUUAAUAGGCCGUAACUAUCCUGGUCAUUAAUAUUCCUUUUUCAUAGUUUGCCAUUAGUGUUUUCCCCUACAUUUCAGGUAUAACUGAAGGAUCAAUGAAGAAAUUGAAACGGACAUGAAAUCUUAAUACUGUAGCUGAAGGUGUAGCUGAGCAUGACACCAAUUAAAUUGUGCUUGUCAUUAAGUUUUGCCUGCUAUUGCCAAGAAUUGUCACAAACCUAACUUAAACCCGUAUAUGGUACAGUUUUGUCAGGGCAAGAAACUAGGAUCGAGAAUUCAUGGAUAGAAUGGUGUUGCAGACCGGGGUUCUAGCAUGAGGUAUCUUGCUAGUAGUUGUCCAAAGCAGAGGAUCUUCUUCUAGUUUUCAUGUUUUUUUACAUUUGAUUUGUCUUCUUACUCGCCUACAGUUCAUAGACCCAUUAAUGAAUGACGGAUGUUUCUUGGAAACAUUUUAGCAUGAUUCUGUCUACCUCUGAUGAAACGGAGGUUAAGUAUUCAGCAACAUUUCUACACUGCACUGGGCUUAUAGAUGUAACACAAAUAUCUAACUUACGUAGGCAAUACGCACUGUGAACCUGGAUAUUUAUGCAGAUUUUACUGUAUAUCUCGACUUGUACUGUCAGUGCCUUUAGCUUGGAUAAUGUCAAUUGCUUUAUUUUGUCCUACUCUAUUAGUUAGCUACUGUGGUUUUAUAAACCAGCAUACUAUAUGGCCAUCUGCCAAAGUGCUCAUCAUUGGGUAAUGUGAAUACUGUAACAUGGUUACAUUAGGUUUAACCCAACUUGGUGAUGUGCCGUUAUACUGUCCAUGUCAUGUGAUGGAAAAACAGGAGAGAACAUGUGCUAUGCCAGUUGUCAUACAGUGAGGUGUUAUUGGCAAUGCCUAAGUCAAUUCUUAGUUUAGAUUUUUACAUUUAUAUAAAUACAGUUGUUACAUUUGAUCUAAGAGGACCUUACUAUGAGUCCUCUAAUUGUUCCUGUGUUAAAUUAGUAUGUACACGUGUUGCCACUUAGGAACACAGUCACUGGUGCUUUUAAGUGUUAAAUUAAGUUUUGGGACGUUGACCUGUAAUAUUGUGUGUCUCCCAGGCAUUAGGAGCCCAUCUUGAUGUCAGUUAUUUCAAGUGAAUAGCUUCAGUACACACUGAAUUACAUGUCUGAGAAUGACAUUGAAAAUGGAUGGUGCCACAUCUUUAGCUUUCAAAAUGGAGGCAAGAGUCAAGUCAAUAGUAUUGAACUAGCAAGAAAAUGUAUUUAAACACCAAAAACAAACAAAUUAAAUAAAAGCAGACAGUUUUAGUUAUACAAAAAGGACAUUCCUUCCCUUUUGAAAUUUCAGUGUUUGCUGAAAGUAGAAUUGAUCUUCUGAGAGAUGACUUGUUCGGAUUGUCCAUUAUUGUUCGGUCUGAAGACGUGGAGGACAUUUCAGUACAUGUCUAUUAAAGGUGUCCAGGGGCUCAGUGUUCAAUCAGAUCCUCCAGUCUCUUACAGACCCUACUAAGAUCUCAGGAUCUCAUUCCCUGCCCUGUAGAUCCACGUCUAUAGAGGGAAAGACAAUGGAUAUCUCAUUAGCCUGUUCAGGCCAGUAAUGUUCCAUCUCAUUGGCUGCCUAACUCCAUCUCUCCCUGCAAUGUUUGUGUUGUGCUGUCUCGUGUUAGGACACUACAGACGCAGUAUGGUACCAUGCAGGUUCCGAGAGCAUCUCCCGUUGAUCCUUAAUGACUCAGCUCUCACCGUCUGCUUGAUGUUGGUGCUGCUAGCAACAAUUAACCUGAUAAAUAUUGCCAUCUUGAACUAAUCUGUGCUUUAAUAUGAUACAUUUGUACUGUUUUAAUCUCAAUAUUAAAAGUGUUUCGUUUCAGUCAAGGGGAUUAGGAUUUUGCUCCCGAGGCAGUCUUUUCUGAGAUGAUUAAGACAUGAACACUGUUUGCACUGGGAGAUGGCCUCUUUUUCUUCUCAGGGUCCAUAUUAGACAACCACCUGGAACAGAUAGUAGGGACUCACUGAGAAAUUACACGCAUUCAUAAUUAAGUUAAUUUGCAGUACAGAUCAAUUGGAUGUAAUAACGCUUACAGUUAUUGGUGACCUUCUUAGCCCAAAAAUGUGGGUGUGAAACAAUAUCCCAAAAUGUGCUUAUCAUUGGGACGCUUACCAUUUUCCUGUUUGCCAGAGGUCCUAAAAAAAAAUAUUU